CUGGCAGGGAGACGCCGGGCGUAGCGGGGCGGCGGCAGCUGUGAGCGGCGGCGGGAGCUACCAUGGAGCACAUCCGCACCACCAAGGUAGAGCAGGUGAAAUUAAUAGACCGUUUCAGCACCAGCAACAAAUCGUUAAUGGGAACUCUGUACCUUACAGCAACACAUCUGUUAUUUAUAGACUCCAGCCAGAAGGAGACUUGGAUACUGCAUCAUCAUAUCGCUGCAGUGGAGAAACUUGCCUUGACUACUUCAGGCUGCCCUCUUGUGAUCCAGUGCAAGAACUUCAGGGUAGUUCACUUUAUUGUUCCCAGAGAAAGGGAUUGUCAUGACAUUUACAACUCUUUGCUGCAACUGUCAAAACCAGCAAGCUACAAUGAACUGUAUGCCUUCUCUUACAAUCCAAAACAAAAUGAGUCUAAGCGGCUGCAAGGCUGGCAGCUCAUUGACCUAGCAGAAGAAUAUAAGCGGAUGGGCGUGCCAAACUCUAACUGGCAGUUGUCCGAUGCUAAUCGUGAUUAUGAGAUUUGUGACUCCUAUCCCAGAGAACUUUAUGUUCCCAGAACUGCAAGCAAGCCCGUAAUCGUUGGUAGCUCCAAAUUUAGAAGCAAAGGAAGAUUCCCAGUGUUAUCAUAUUAUCACAGAGAUAAAGAGGCUGCCAUUUGCAGAUGCAGUCAACCUCUCUCAGGUUUCAGUGCCAGGUGUCUGGAGGAUGAAAAUAUGCUGCAUGCGAUCAGUAUAGCCAACCCUGCUCAUCACUAUAUGUAUGUCAUGGACACUCGACCUAAGCUUAAUGCAAUGGCAAACAGAGCAGCAGGUAAAGGCUAUGAAAAUGAAGACAACUAUGCUAACAUUAGAUUCCAGUUUGUUGGAAUUGAAAACAUUCACGUAAUGAGAUCCAGCCUGCAGAAACUUUUAGAAGUCAGUGGUACAAAAGCUUUGUCUGUCAACAGUUUCUUGUCUGGUUUGGAGAACUCUGGCUGGCUGCGUCAUAUCAAAGCUGUAUUGGAUGCUGCUAUCUUCUUAGCCAAAGCAGUAGCAGUUGAAAAUGCGACUGUGCUAGUUCAUUGCUCUGAUGGCUGGGACAGGACUUCCCAAGUUUGUUCCCCUGGAUCUCUCUUGUUGGAUUCGCAUUAUAGAACAAUCAGAGGCUUCAUGGUUUUGAUAGAGAAGGACUGGAUCUCUUUUGGACACAAAUUUUCUGACAGAUGUGGUCAAUUGGAUGGUGACCCAAAGGAAAUCUCUCCAGUGUUCACUCAGUUUUUAGAAGGUGUGUGGCAUCUCACAGAGCAGUUUCCACAAGCCUUUGAAUACAAUGAAGCUUUUCUCCUUCAGAUUCAUGAACACGUCCAUUCAUGCCAAUUUGGAAACUUCCUUGGAAACUGCCAAAAAGAACGAGAAGAACUAAAAUUGAAAGAGAAAACUUAUUCCUUAUGGCCAUUCCUUCUGGAUGAGCAAAAGAAGUAUCUUAAUCCUCUAUACAAUCGAGAUUUUUCUCAGAAACUUGUCCUCUUGGAGCCUAACACAGCGUCCUUCAAUUUUAAGUUUUGGAUAAAUAUGUACCAUCAGUUUGACCGAACUAUGCACCCCAGGCAAUCUGUAUUUAAUCUCAUCAUGACCAUGAGUGAACAAAAUAAACAACUGGAGAAAGACUUUAAAGAACUGGAAGCUAAAAUGAAACAAAGAAACAGGCAACCAGAAGAACUCCUCACUAAGGAACCAUUGCAGUCUGUCCAUCCUGCUUCACCAGCACUUAAAACUUCUCCAAGCUUUAAGAAGGAGCAGCCUCUGUUACCGAUGAAUGACUCCAUUCGGACUAUAGAGGGCAGCAACACAGCAGACAAUCGCUACAGUGAAUACAUGGAGGAGUUGUCAAAAGCUGAGCCUGCUGUUGUCAGCUUGGAGUAUGGAGUGGCAAGGAUGACCUGUUAGUGAAACAUUGAACAGUGCUUCUUUUUUCUAGACUGACUGAAAUACAAGACAGAUUAUUGUGAGGAUGGUCUAUUGCUGCAUGACCAAAAUCUGAUUUGUAUAAUAGUGAGCUUUGUUACUGUAGAAUAGAACAGCAUGCUAAUUGUUAACGAAAGUGUUUGCUGUUCUCUUGAGAAAUAAUUGAAUUUAGCGGUAUUUAAGAAAAAAACAUUGGGGCAUUUAAUGAUCCUUAGUGACUUAACCAAUUAAGGAGUGGUCUGUUUUGGAUUUAACAAGUCACAGUUUGCUCUAGAGUGAGUAAAACAGUGACAUUACUUUAAGAUGUGUGCAUGGAAGCCAAACACAAAUGGACUUUCAGAGCCAAUUUUAGCUGGGCAGGAAAAACUUGACAAACAUUCUAUUUUAGAAACAAGUUUAUGUGUAUAUAUAGCAUACAGUAUAAAUAUGUAUACUCCUAUUUAAUUUUGACUCUCACUGCUAACUUUUGGUGUUUUAAGUGCCAUGAAAAAGUACAGUAUACUUCAAACUAUAAAUAGCUGGCCUUAAAUUUGUCAAAUCAAUUGCCUUCUUGUCCUUGACUAUUGCAGCCUGUAACAUGACUCUUGUUUACAUUUGUAUUUGCUUGAAUUGUUCUUGCUCCUUAAAAUGGAAUCAGAUUUAGGAAAUGUAAAAAAGCCUAAACAGUGAUGCUAUCAGCAAAUGAAGCUAUAAGAAUGUUAAAUCUUAUGCUGAAUAUUAUUCUUAUGUUUCCUAUUCCUUUGUUGUUUAAAAUGAUAAUAGAUUGGCCAACUUUUGUCAACCUAGAGGAUUAAUGGAUUGACAGCAUAAUUGAAACUGAUUCAUGUGUACAGUUUUUAAAAUGUUGAAUUGUGGCAAGAUUUGUAACUUGGGCACCAGUGCAAAGGAUUAAAAAUGUGGAGAGGUUUUAUUAAACUAGCACAUUGCUAAUAACUGAACAAUGGUCAUGUUCUCUUCAGGCUGUUUAGCUAUUAGACCUGCUAUGGAGUUGGCAACUGCAUAAGAUUCUCCGGGUUACAGUGGCAGAAGGGAAAGUUCUAGGAGCAGCAUUUAGUGAUUUGCAUAGUUUUCAAACAAAAUUGCUGAUUUUUAACAGAAUUCCAACAUAGCACUAGAAGGGAUCUCGAGAGGUCAUCUAGUCCCCUUCACUCAUGGCAGGACUAAGUAUUAUCUAGACCAUCCUCUCAUAAGAAAUCUGUAUCUCAUGAGAAAUCGAGGUAUUUUUGUAUUAAAUUAGUCUUUCAUUUCAAUAAGUUUCAAUUAUUAGUGAAAGUCCCCUUUAAAGAGACUAACUUUACAAGACUACACAAUCCCACUUACCUAAAUCUGCAGAUGGUCAGUUUUGGAUGAUUGUGCAGGGAGAGCCAAAAAACUGCUGUGGCCCAUGAGUAGGGAGCACAGAAGAAAGUGCCAGGUUUACAAACCAUCUGGCUUUAAAAGGGUCAUGGCAUUUGAAGCACAGUCCCUUUGAAGCCACUUACUUUGGAAAGCCACUUAACAGCUUCAUCUAGAGAAUACAAGCCUUGGGACAUAACUGUACUUCAGUUAACAGGAAGGUUUGGUAAGAAGGAACGUACUGUGUUUCUCACAGAGGUAAAAUAAAAUGUGUCCCUAGAUUGCCUUUCAUCUUAACUUCCACUGAAUUAAGAGGCUUUGCCAGGGUCUCUUGUUGUUUGCAACACUUUCUCAAUUGUUUCUAUUGCCCAGGUCAGGAGGAGAAUUAGGUUUGAAAACAGUAGUAGAAGAAAUGUGAGUGCCAGCUCUUAAGUAGACGUAUAAACGUUACAAGCCAAGGUAUUAAACUCCCUAGGUGGUAUAGUAGGUUAAUGCCACUGGCUUUGUACUUCUGGGUUCAAAUCCCUUUUGGCUAUAAGUGAAAAUGAGUUUAGUCUCAUCCUAAUUCCUAAAGUCUCUCUUAUUAAAAUUGCCAGCAUACCACACACCGCUUGCCACAAUUGGCAGUCUCUCUCUGCCCCAAAUGAGAUCCAGGACUGUAAUAACAAGAGCAAUGCAGGUCAUGAUCAAAUUGCAUUGGCCUAGCUGUCUAGAAAAAUAUGACCGUGUCUGCCUGCAUCUAGCCAGAGUAUAAAUCAGCUGCUCAUUUCACUCACCCCAUUACAAAACAAAACUUGGUGUGUAAAUGAAUGUUUGUCAGAAGCUUUUUAUCACUCAAACACCUUCCUGUUGUCCAUCACUUUUCAGUAAAAGGGGAAAACAACAUCCUUCUAUAUAAACAGUAAGACUGCACAUUUUUUUCCAUUUCAACCAUUGGUUGAGUUUGUUGGCUGCAAACCUGUAAGACACCAAUGUGCAAAGGAAGGCUUUGUGCCUUAUUGGCCAGCCCCAUUUGCUAUGUCAUCUCGGACUCGUAGUUUCCCAUUACAGGUCUCUAGUAUUAACCUUGUUCCUUACAGUCACAAAACGAAGACUUAGAAAAUAACCAGGGUAUGUGUAUCACUUUGUACUGUUUGUCUUUACUUUCAGCUUUUAUGGUGGCGUGUCACAUAUGUUGCUUUCUAUAGUUAUUGCUUAGAGAUAACAGACUCUAAAGUUUGUAGUUUACUAAACUCCUCUGUUUUGGAAAA